AUGAACACCAAUUUCCUCCUACUCUCUCUAGCAUUAGGAAUAUACUUUGCUGCUGCGCACGAUUGCCCUGAAUCUCAUUUUCUUGUUGAUAAUAGAUGCUUUGCAUUUGUUCAUGAAAGAGUCGAGUUUGAGGAAGCUAGAAAAGAAUGUGCGAAAAUGGGAUACGAUUUAGUGUCAAUACACGACAUGAUCUCCAACCAUUACGCCCAACAGCUUGCACAUAUUGCUCUCGGUUCUAUGUAUGGAUCGUUUUGGAUUGGACUUUUCAAAGAGAGAGAGACUUGGAAAUGGGUCGACAGUACUCUAAUCGAUUACACAAACUGGGCUUGGGGUAAUAAUCCAGCGAAAAAGUGCGCUACUAUGCGGAUUUCAGAUGGAAAAUGGAUUACAGCCGACUGUGAAACAUCGUAA